CGUGGUCAUGGGGGGGACAGCUGGGUCACACCAUUGGCUGUAGGGAAGGAGUGAGAUGUUGAUGGACAGCAGGUUUUUCUGCAUAUAGAGCUCACACUCACAUUCAACAUCACCAACAUUUGUGCUCGUUCUCCUGCUACAUCGUCAUCUUCGUGUUUGUACGUCCAGACGCCACCCGAGCAGAGCAGCAUGAGCCCCAAGAAUGUUGUCUUCAAGAAGAUCUGCAAGGACAAAUCGGUGGGAGUCUACAUGGGGAAGCGAGACUUUGUGGACCAUGUGGACUUUGUAGACCCAGUAGAUGGUGUCGUCCUCAUUGACCCCGAGGCACUGCAGGGGAGGAAAGUGUUCGUCACUCUGUCCUGCACCUUCCGCUAUGGUCGUGACGACAUGGACGUGAUGGGCAUUGCGUUUCGCAGGGAGCUGUAUCUGUCCACCCGCCAGGUGUACCCUCCCCUACAAGAUCGUGAGCAGGGCAUCCACACAAGGACUCAGGCCAAGCUGCUGCGUAAGCUGGGAGACAACGCCUACCCGUUCUUCUUUGAGUUCCCAGACAACCUGCCAUGUUCGGUUGCGCUCCAGCCAGCGCCACGUGACGUUGGCAAGCAAUGUGCCGUGGAGUUUGAGGUCAAAGCGUUCAGCGCCGAGAGCCAGGACACCAAAGCACACAAACGGAGCUCCGUGAAGCUGAUGAUCAGGAAGGUGCAGUAUGGUCCAGAAAUUGAAGGGGAGGCGCCCUCUGUGGAAAUCACGCGGGACUUUGUCAUGUCGGACAAGCCGCUGCAUGUGAGGGCCAGCCUGGACAAAGAGAUUUAUUACCAUGGCGAGACCAUCAAAGUGCACGUCAAUGUCACCAACAGCUCCAGCAAGAACGUUAAGAACGUCAUCCUCGCUGUGGAUCAGGUGGCCACGGUGGUGCUGUACUCCAACGACAGCUAUGUCAAAUGUGUUGCCAUCGAUGAAUCUGGAGACACCGUGCCUGCGGGGGGCACACUCCAAAAGGACUACAAGCUCCUCCCCCUGCUGGCCAACAACAGAGAGAGGCGAGGCAUAGCUCUAGACGGAAAACUCAAACACGAAGACACCAACUUGGCGUCGUCCAGCAUUAUCAAGCAGGGCGUCCUGAAGGAAGUCCUGGGAAUGAUAGUGUCCUACAGAGUCAUGGUCAAGCUCAUCAUUGGAGGCGUGAUGGGGUCAAGUGAGGUGGAACUGGAGCUUCCUUUCAAACUCAUGCACCCAAAACCUGACACAGUCAAAGAGAGUGAGAUGGAGGAGGAGAUGGUGUUCCAGGAGUUCAAGCGGUCUUACCUGAAAGGAAUGACCGGUGACGACGACGAGGAGGAGGCCAACGUGUCGGGCGGCGACGACAUGGCGCCUCAAGAGAAGUGAUCGCCCGCUAUCAAGCUAACACUGCUGGCUGGUUUGAUCAACAUUAAAUUGUAGUUGUAGAUAAUAAGUCUUUGUGUAACCAUGCUAGAUGCUAAUUAGCGCCUGACGGUAAUGAAAGUGGCGUCUUCACCAAUGGCAACUAAAAAGAAAAUGUUCUUUAUAUAUCACACUAAACAGAUGGCUGUUUGCAUAUUAGCUGCUGCUGUUCUUAAUGCAAGCGUAAUAGGACUUUUAGUGCUUUAGUUCAUAUUUUAUGUAUGUGAGAGAGAAAAGAAUAUAAAAGAAAAGCAAAUGAAUAAAGCACUUCUUCAACACAUUAAACACUUAAUGUGCACUUUUACCAUGCGGCGGACUAUUUGGAUCUUCUCACAUUGGUGCUAGGAAGCAAUGUUGUGCUUCUCCAUCUACAGAAGCGGUGCUUCCCCAGGACCCUCCCAUCUGUACCCCCCCCACCCCACCCGCCCCAACCCCAUUUGGCGGCUUGUCAUUGAGCCAGGGACCCACCGUGGACCAUGGCAGGCGUUGGCGUGCAGCUGGUAGCUGCUGAAGGUGCUGCUCCUGUCGGAGCAGGCGUACAUGUCAUUGUUAAAGGGGUGUCCUCGCCGCUUUCUCCUGUCGUUUUGAUGACCAGCCGGAAGUUUCGGAAAAGACCAACCUUGAGAGGCUUCUGUGCGACCGCUAGGUGGUGGGCGAAGAUGUAGGUGUUGUUGACAGUGGCAGUGUAGACUCCCGUAGGGUGGUCAAAGUGUCCAUGUUGGUUACUGAGGACGCGUGGAAAAGGAACAGACCAGUCAUAAAGAGUGAAUGACUGGUUGAUGCAGAGAACAUUGAUUGUAUGGUGAGUAUGCAGGGCCCAAGGAGGCCCAUAUGGCCCAAGUCUCCCCAGCCACCCUUCAACCCCACUAAGCCUUGUGCACACUGAGCCCCCCUUGACCCCUUUAUCUCCCUUUUCACCCGUCACCCCAUCGGUGCCAUCUUUCACCCCCACCCCCACUCGCACCCCCACUACUGCCCUGGUCCCCCCUUUUGGCCCCUCAUGGUUUGCCCCCCCCACCCCCUAAUAAACAUCCUAUCACUGUUAGUUUGCAAAUGAGCCAAGACGCAGCGCUGUGUUGUCAGGUUUCAAGACAGAGCGGACUUUAAGGAAACAAGCGAUAUAGAGAACUAAUAAUCAAUAACAACUAAAAGCAAAGGUUACUGUAAUGUCUAUGUAAUAUAUUUGUCCAAUUAACUGGGGGAAUAGUUAAUAAAUAGCUGUUUUUCCCGUGUAACAGCCCUGGUAAUUGGUGUGUCUUCAGCAUUGUGUGAGAGAUCCUUCUCCACAUUGUCACAGGUCCAAACCCCUAACGCCGCACCAUGGACUGAACAUACAUGGUACACAAGAGAAAGAGGAAUUUGGUGAUUGUGGCACAUGAGAGGUCCACAACAAAUAAUUUGAACAUGGAUGAAUUUGUGAGAGCUUUUGCAAUAGGAAGCAGGAGACGGCUGCUGUGGAGUGGAGUGAAGGGGAUAAAGAAUAGGAAGGUGGAGAGACAGGAGUUACUAAUAAAUUGUAUAUAUUUUUUUUAUGUUUUAUAAGAAGGAAAAAAAAGUUAUAAAAUGUUCUGCUUUGUAUCUGUUGUGCAACUUGUGUUGUGUUAUAUAACUAUUUAUAUUCUUGCUGAUUGUUUGUUGAUUUUUUUUCAUAAGACUACCUUUCAGUUUUGUAAAUAUUGAUGAUAGUGAAAAGUCUUUCUUAGGGUCACAUUAUUUGAGCGUAAGCCCAUCCAGUUAAGAUCAAUGUUAUGUUGUUGGUUGUUAAAAUCUUAAGAUAUUAUAUGUACUUUUCAACUUUUCAUUUUUCAGCUUCCCCAGCUUGCCACCUUAUUGUGGUCAGGGGGUUUGCAUGCCUCAGUGACCCUCAGAGCUAUACCAGCAGGAGCUGAGUCUUUAGGUGGAACACCCAAGUUGGACAGGCCUGACAAAGUGCAAUCCACUUCUCCAGGUUAAAGGCUGGACGCACAGCUAACAACCCAUGCCAUGAACAAAACACUAAUCAAAAGUGCUGGUGCAAGAUGUGUAUGCAUAAUGCCCUCUCACAUUUCUGUGACUGCCCCCCCUACAUGUGCAUGUCUAAAAUAUAUACAAGUAUACCCUAUACGGGACAUGAGUCCAAAUGUUAUGAACAGAUCAAAAGUGAGCACAAUAGUGUACCUAAUGAAGUGGCCAAAGGAAGAAAGCAUUGGACUCAUCACUGCCUCACGUGCAUGGUGAGGAUGAUGAAAAGUGAAAAAGUGCAGCAGUUUUGAUUGCUUCGAAGUCCCGCCUACAACAGCCUCCAUCUCACCUGCUGCUCCAUGGGAGCGGGGGAGCGGGAGGUAUGGCGUGUACAUGCGACGUGACCUGAUUCGACCACAAUUGUCUGUUUUGUCUUCUUUGUCCGGAACCUUCAGUCAAGUUGACUCAACAAACAUUCUCCAAGUGGCCCACGACCCCUUCUAGACCCCUUCGUGAAAUGUAACUAAACCUUCGAGCGUUUGUGCCACUUGGGCACGUUGUUUCCUGCUGGUGAAUGACAUAACCACGCACGUUGCGUAGUUUGCGCUAUGUCAUUCGCGCCCGCUGGAAUCGAUAAGGGAAUCGUUUGCAAACUUGGCAAACAAUUCCGAGAAAUUGAAACAAUGGGAACCAGUUCUCAACAGAAAAUGUUUUUUCAUUCCCAUCCCUCCUAUUGAGGUGCUUGCGGGAGGUGAAUAGUAGCACAGCAUUGGAGCACACACACACCACCUCCUGGCCUGGGCCCCGCUUCUGGCCCUCCAUGCCAGGGUCUCCAGGUCUGCUCAAUUCCCCUUUAGUACCCCUCAAAAAUUUUGAUCCCUCACUUCCCCCAAAUCAAGGAAGUACCCGGGGUCCUGGGAGACCUGAUGGACUGAGUCCUUGUUUGUGUAAAGCAUGCUUGUGACCCUGCCCCAAGCCCAUCUCUAAAUAGCCCAUGGAAGCAAAAGCAGUCCUUGAGGCAGGUUUUAUUUUGACGAGUCCAAACACAAAGUUAAAGCGAGCCGAGGCCAACAAGAAGAUGAGACAAAAGAUGAAGAUAGUUGACCCUGAUAGGUGUCCUACACACAUAUACUGUAUGUAUACAGUAUAUACUGCACAUUCAUUUUGUUACUAAUACAUCACCCAAUUAUUAUCAGGAAAGAUAUUCAAGAUCAUUUUUCCCCCAGUUUAGAUCUGAUGUGUUUUAUAUACAAAUAUCUGGAGAGUGUGUAAGAAAAUACUAGAAUUACUAGACAAGAAUAAAAUAACUUCAGAGCAACUUGGGGCAUUCUAACCAAUAUUAUUAGGAAUGGUACUCACAAAACAGAUUACCCUCAUUAUUUCACAGUUGGAAAUGCCAAUUGUGAUGAUAUGAAUGAGGUAAUUGAAAAGUUGAAUAACUACUACCAAAACCGGAGGAAAAGAGCCCAAGAUUCUGGUCAGUGGAGGAAAGGAUUGAAACUAUAGACAGGAACAGGAAUUGAUGUAAAACGGAUGAGGGGUAGGAUUAAAUAAGCUUUGCUUCUUCCUACUCCUUUUCGGACAUGUGGAACUGUGAAUUGUAAUAUGUGAUGUAUUUCAAU